AAAAAUUUGAAUUUGAAUCAGAUAUAUACAGAUAAAACUGAAAUUGUGAAAUAGCGAGGACAGUUUCUGAUUGUAAUGAGCAGCGUUGAUGCAUAUGGGCCAAGUUCCCAAACUCUGACAUUUUUGGACACAGAAGAUGGCGAUUUGACUGUUGGAGGAGAUACCCAGGCAAGUGAAUAUGAGUUCACAGACUUCACAAUUCCAUCCCAAACCCAGACGCAAACUCAGACACAGCAAAGUCAAGCAAGCCAACUUGAUAUUGCGGAGAACAGUCAGAGUCAGGUUGGUGAUGUAGAUGGAGUCAAUCACAAUGAAGAAGUGGGGGAUGGUGAAGAUAUUGGUGGAUUACAAGAACAUAUUCAUGUUGCCACCCAGGGGGUUGCUGAUCUGAGAUUUGAGGAAGAAGAUGAAGAAGAUACUUAUUAUACUAAGGAUCUUCCCGAACAUGCUUGCAGGUAUUGUGGAAUUCAUGAUCCUAACUGUGUUGUGAUGUGUAAUACAACAAAGAAAUGGUUUUGCAAUGGCCGUGGAAAUACUUCAGGAAGUCAUAUUGUGAAUCAUCUGGUGAGAGCCAAAUGCAAGGAGGUCACUCUUCAUCGUGAUGGUCAGCUCGGUGAUUCUGUGUUGGAAUGUUAUAAUUGUGGAUGCCGCAAUGUGUUUCUUCUUGGAUUCAUACCUGCCAAAGCAGAUUCUGUUGUUGUUCUUUUGUGCAGGCAACCAUGUGCGAAUCAGAGUAGCCUGAAAGAUAUGAAUUGGGAUGCAUCUCAGUGGCAACCUUUGAUUCAAGAUCGUUGUUUUUUGUCUUGGCUGGUCAAAAUUCCUUCUGAUGAGGAACAGAUGAGAGCAAGACAAAUCACUGCUCAGCAGAUCAAUAAAUUGGAAGAAUUAUGGAAGGAAAAUUCUGAUGCAACACUCGAAGAUUUAGAAAAACCAGGAGUGGAUGAGGAGCCACAAGCUGUUUUAUUGAGAUAUGAAGAUGCCUACCAGUAUCAAAAUAUCUUUGGUCCUCUCGUCAAGUUAGAAGCUGAUUACGAUCGCAGACUGAAAGAAUCUCAAACGCAAGGAAACAUCACCGUUAGAUGGGAUGUUGGCCUAAACAAGAAACGUCUUGCUUAUUUUCAGUUGCCAAAGACUGACAGUGACAUGAAGCUGAUGCAAGGAGAUGAAAUAAGCUUGAGACAUAUGGGUUCGAACUGGGAAGGCAAAGGACAUGUUGUAAAAGUACCAGAUAAUUUUGGUGAUGAGAUUGGAAUGGAAUUGAGAUCUGCUGCGAGUGCACCACUAGAGAAUACCAGAGGAUUUCAAGUUGAUUUUGUUUGGAAAUCUACUUCUUUUGAUAGGAUGCAGAGUUCCAUGAAAACCUUCGCUGUGGAUGAAGCAUCUGUUUCAGCUUACAUUUAUCAUCGAUUGCUAGGACAUGAAGUAGAUGAACAAACAUUGAAAAUUAAUCUUCCCAAACGUUUCUCUGCACCUGGUCUACCUGAGCUGAAUCAUUCUCAGGUGUAUGCCUGUCAAAACCUGUUCUGGCACGUCCGCUGCUGUUUGAUUCCAAGGAGCCACGCUGGUACUGGAGAAAAUCAGCAAGUUCUUGUUUGCGCUCCGAGCAACAUUGCUGUUGACCAACUGACUGAGAAGAUUCACAGAACUGGAUUGAAGGUUGUGCGUCUUUGUGCAAAAGUCGUGAAGCUAUUUGAUUCUAACGUUUCAUUCUUGUCUCUGCAUAAUCAAGUCAGAAGCAUGGAUAGCUUGCCUGAACUGCAAAAGCUUCAACAGCUGAAAGACGAAACUGGUGAAUUGUCUUCUAAUGAUGAGAAAAGAUAUCGGGCAUUGAAACGCAAUGCAGAACGUGAAUUACUCCAGAAUGCGGAUGUUAUAUGUUGUACUUGUGUUGGAGCUGGUGAUCCUCGUCUUGUGAAGUUUCGUUUCAGAUCUAUAUUGAUUGAUGAAAGCACUCAAGCAACUGAACCUGAGUGUAUGGUACCUGUUGUCCUUGGGGCUAAGCAGCUCAUCUUAGUUGGUGAUCAUUCAGUUGGGACCUGUGUCAUGUGUAAGAAAGCAGCAAAUGCAGUUGCUCAAUCUCUUUUCGAGAGAUUGGUUGUACUUGGCAUUAGACCUAUAAGAUUGCAGGUACAAUACAGAAUGCAUCCAGCUCUCUCUGCUUUCCCAUCCAACAUCUUCUAUGAAGGUUCUCUACAGAAUGGUGUCACUGCUGGUGAAAGAAUGAGAACUGGACUGACUUUUUCUUGGCCUUCUCCUGACAAACCAAUGUUCUUCUAUAAGACUUCAGGACAAGAAGAAAUUGCAAGCUCUGGAACAUCCUACUUGAACAGAACCGAAGCUGUCGUUGUAGAACGGAUCACAACCAAGUUCUUAAAAUCUGGAAUCAAGCCUGAACAGAUUGGUAUAAUUACUCCAUAUGAAGGGCAACGUUCAUAUUUGGUUCAAUACAUGCAGUAUUCUGGAUCUCUACAUUCCAAGUUGUACAUGGAAGUUGAAGUGGCAAGUGUGGAUGCUUUUCAAGGUCGUGAGAAAGAUUUCAUCAUUCUUUCCUGUGUGAGAGCCAAUGAACAUCAAGGAAUUGGAUUUUUAAACGAUCCCCGUCGUCUAAAUGUAGCUUUGACAAGAGCCAGAUUCGGUGUGAUUAUUGUUGGAAGUCCCAAAGCUCUCUCGAAGCAACCUUUAUGGAAUCACCUUCUCACUUAUUUCAAAGAACAGCGGGCAUUGGUGGAAGGUCCACUCGGAAAUUUGAAAGAAAGUCUCAUGCAAUUCUCGAAGCCAAGAAAACUGACUAAUACUCUUAACCCUGGUGGUCGUUAUAUGAGCAAUGCAAUGUGGGAUGCAAGAGAGGCAUUGAUACCUGGUGGAGCCUAUGACAGAUCUUCUCAAUUUAAUGGCAACAUUCCUCCUCGUCACCAGUAUUUCCGAACUCAUGAUCAAAUGGGAAUGAUUAAUCCUGCUCAAGCUCAAGCAAUGAGUGUUUCUCUACCUGUUCCAGUCAACAUGUACAUGCAACCCUCUGUGCCACCUAACUAUUACCAGAAUGGACACAUGCAAGGUCGUCCUCCACCAAAGGGUCGUGCACCACGUUUGAGUAGAGGUGCCCAUCACAAUGGUAUGGCACAACAAGGUAGAGAUGGGUCACGUGGUUAUGCGGGUCAGCAGGCCGCCACCCAGUCUCAAGAUAUGACGCAAGGAUUCUCACAAGCAUCAACAGAACUUCACAGCUCUGUGACUCCCCAGCCUUGGAGUAUGACGCAAGGUUAUGGCACUGGCUUGUCGAUGAGUCAACCAAUCAGUCAAGGAAUGAGCCAACUAGGCCUUUCUCAGGCUGAAUUAUCACAGGAUAGUUAUCUUGGUGAAGAAUUUCGUUCACAAGUUGAUGCAGCAUUGUCCCAGGAUUCAACUUACCAGGGUGAACGUGCUUAUGCGACACAGGGAUUGAAUUUCUCCCAGUAUUAGUAAUCUGUGAAGAAAAAGACAAUCGUUGGAAGAGUCGAAUAGAAGUGGAGUGUUUAAACGAGCUUUACAACUGCCAGCGGAGAGAAACAACGGAAACGAUGUGGUGAAAACAUCUAUCCACAAACCCACAAAUAACUGACGCACACGUCUAAUCAGAAGUCAAUCAAUAUCGGUCAUAGCCCAACUACAUCCAGUCUCUCACAUAUAGCGGAAAUCACAAGCUAAGGGGCUUCUAUGGUCAUAACAGCUAGAUUACAACAUUGACAUUAUAGUCAUAUGGUAGAUUUUGCUACAAAGAAGUAAAACAUGAAGACAGCAUUCGCACAUAUGAGUCAAGUCAGUUGGAAAUUUACACUGGGACUUAUGUAUUUUCAUUUCAACUAUAAAUAGUCUUUAUCAAGGCAAAAUGGGUGUUAUCUGUCUCAAGAGUGGACUUGUCUUGAAUAUAUGGGCACUGUGACCCGUGUGCCCGUUUCUUGUUUCUGGCAGCUUGUCGGUGGAACAGUACCGAUGGAAGUUGUGUACUUUCCGCCAAAUUCAAGCCUGCUAACCUGCUGGUGGUUCGUAAACUCUGAAAAAAAAAAAUCAAAUUCAAAAUUGUACAUUUCCAGUGUGGCAGUCGUGUUAGCUGCGUAGCAUGAUAAUUUUUUUGCAAAGUAUCUCAGCCUGCUGAAUCAAAAAUUGAUAAAAUUGAGUAAAAAUUCAUCACUGAACGUAUGAUGUAGUCUUAUUUGUAAAAUAUGAGCCAAUGCUUAAUUGUUUUCUGUAAAUUGAAUUACAUUUAUCCAUGCUUAUGUUUGAUUCGGCAUGAUCUUUUUUAUAUAUUUUGAUGGAAAAAGAUUGAACUGAAGGAAAUUAGAGUUGUAUUUUCAAGAAUAAAGUAAAUUGUUUUGAGAAGAUGACCAUUACAUUAAAAGUACUCUUACCAAUUUUGGACAAAAAAUAUUGAAAAGUCCUAUUCAUUCUGUAACUCUCAAGCAAUGAUGAAAAAAUAUGUUCACCAGUUACCCCCUUAUUCUACUGGUUUGUUCGUAGUAUUCCACUUUUCACCAUUGAAAUCCAUGCCCGAAAUAGAUGAACUUGUGUGAAAAAAGAGUGACUGAAUGUUCUGAUUUUAGUUGUACAUAUAAUAAGUUGGUGUUGAAAAAUGUAGAAAUGUAAUCACUAUAUAUCCGGACUUGUGUUUUAUUUUAGAACAGUUAAAAAAUGUAUUGAUUUUAUUGAUUCAACAUGUGUAUCCAGUAAAAUGUACUCCAAAAA